AUGGGAAAGGGAGGCAAGUCCUUCAAGGCGGGCAAUGCCAAGGGGAUCAUGCAGAACCAGAAGCGCGACAUUCUCUACGCCGAUCCCCAGGAGGAGGAGGAGUACGCGCAGGUGAAGAAGGCGUUAGGCAACCUGAGGCUUGAGCUCCAGCUGGCGGACGGUAGCAAGGCGAUAGGCGCCAUUCGUGGGACCAUGGUGCGAAAAGUGUGGAUUGCGCAGGGCGAUGUUGUUUUAGUCUCGAAGCGCGCCUUCAACAAGAACGACAUUGUCGACGUCAUCCACCGCUACAACCCCGCCGAGGUGCGCUGCCUCGUGAAAGACGAGGUGAUUCCGCGCGACUUCCGAUCCAGUGACGAGCGAGACGCCAAAAACGCUCACUCCGACUACGUCUUCGUGGCCGACAACGACGAUGACGAGGGGGCCGACAAUGAUGACGGCGAGAACGUCAUUGACCGCAACAAGGUGGUUCUGGACGACCCUCUGGCCACCUUCGACGACUUGUAG